AUGCAGAGACUCAGCCAAAGAUACAAGCUCUCUUCGUCAAAGCUUAGCGGGAAGUGGAACAAGAGGGCGGAAAGGUUUGAACAGGAUCGGCGCCACAGGCCGGUGUCGUUGCGGGAGAAGAAUGCAGCGGUUCGGGAUGUUGCGAUGGUUGAUGCUACUUGCCUUCUCGGCCGCAUCUUUCAUCCAGUUCAAAUUAUCACGUUUGCGCCGAUCGCUACAGAUGUCCAGCGAUUCUAUCAUGUCAGCUCUGACCUUGCCGACAGUCUGACCAGCUGUAACAUGAUUGUGUACGUCCUGUUCGUGUUCCCGGCUGCCUUCUUCCUGGAGAAGUUCGGGCUGUCGGUCGGGGUGAUCGCAGCGACCUUACUGACAUGCGUGGGAUCGUGGAUGAGGAUAUCGGGAGGAGCCUCCGAUGGCUUCCAGUCUCUGCUCACUGGCCAGAUCAUUCAAUCCAUCGCCAACGUCGUGUUCAUGAACGCGCCUGCCGCGCUCUCAGCAGCUUACUUCCCUCAGCACGAGAGAAACUUGGCGACAUCCAUCGCCUCCAUGUCUAACGCCGUCGGCUCCGGCAUCGGGCUUGGGGUUUCGCCCAUGCUGAUCUCUCCCACCAACUCGUCCUCCUCCUCCCUUCCUCUCCUCCCCGACUUCCAACGACUGGUGAGCAUGCAAGCACUUGCUGCGACAGCUCUCUGCUCCUUCACCUUGGCAACUUUCUGCAUCACGUCGGCUUUCUCUGUCGAGCGAACUCCGGAGGAGAUGAAUGAGAUGGUGGUGGUCAAGCGAGGAGAGGAGGGCUUGUAUCAUCUCUUCACCGAGAUGAAAGAUUGUAUCAGCUCUUUCAACUUCCUUGUUCUCUUCGUCGUUUUCAGCCUAGGGUUCGGGGUCUUCAACGCCAUCUCCACCCUCAUCGGAGACUUGAUGCACCCUGCUGGAUACACUGACGAUCAGGCCGGCCUGCUCGGAACUUUCAUCCUCAUCGGAGGUGUUUGCGGCUCGGCUGCCAUCGGCUCGUACCUCGACAGGAGCAAACGGUUGAGGGAGACCAUGCAGAGGAUGCUCACCGUCAGCGUCUUCACUGUGAUGAUCCAGUCCUCCUCCGCACAGUGUGCCUGA